AUGCUUGAUCACCUGUCAGUUGACCCAGCAAAGAUAGAUGUUAUUUCAAGUCUACCUUACCCCUCUUCCGUGAGGGAGGUUCAUUCGUUUCUUGGUCACGCAGGUUUCUACCGGCGGUUCAUCAAGGAUUUCAGUAAGGUAGCACUGCCUCUAUUCAGACUGCUACAGAAAGAUGUUGAGUUUGAGCUGAGUGCUGACUGCAAGGAAGAGUUCGAUAAACUAAAGACCGCCUUGACCCAAGCCCCCAUUGUGAGAGGGCCUGACUGGAGUCAACCAUUUGAGAUAAUGUGCGACGCCUCCAACUAUGCAGUAGGAGCGGCGCUAGCUCAUCGCGACGGUAAGGACCCUUUCGUUAUUAGGUGUGGUGCUGACCAAAUAAUUAGGAGAUGUGUACCACUAUCAGAAUUUCAGUCCAUUUUAGAAGCCUGCCACUCUUCAGAUAGUGGUGGUCAUUUUGGUCCUCAAAGAACAGCUAGAAAGAUUUUAGACUGUAGAUUCUGGUUUGGUAAUAUAUCAAAGAGGGAUGAAAUGCCCCAACAAUCCAUGUUAUUCUGUAAAAAUUUCGAUGUAUGGGAUAUUGACUUCAUGGGUCCAUUUCCAAACUCUAAUGGUUUCGUAUAUGUACUAAAUCAUAUUAUCUGUCGCUUUGGAUCACCACGAGUAAUCGUGAGUGAUCAAGGCACUCACUUUUGCAACAGGAAAUUAACAGGCCUACUGAAGAAACAUAGCAUCAUUCACAAGAUAGCAACAACCUACCAUCCCCAGACCAAUGGGCAAUCAGAGGUGUCUAAUAGAGAGAUAAAGCACAUAUUGCAGAAGAUAGUCAAACCUCACCGGAAGGACUGGAGCACCAGACUUGUUGAUGCGCUCUGA